UUGGUUAACUAAAACACAUAUACAUUACUCAGAUGUUGUUACGGCUAAGCACGAAUGUACCCUUUCUUUUAGAUCUUAUUUCUUCUUGCUUUCAGCGUACAGUAGGAGCGAGAGGAAGCAAAGUAGGAUUGAUGUGAGUGCCUUUUUUUAAGUACGAACUAGCUGGCUAGUGCUGAAGCUAGAAACAGCAUUUCGUGGGAUGUGCGUACUAGCUAGCUGCCGCUCCAACCACGACGUUUGCAAUCAUUUGCAGAAAGCUACUCGAGUAGCUGGUUGCUGCCUUGACAACUAGCGCACAUGUAGAUCUAGCUGUCCGAAGCAGUUGCUUGCAUGGGAAACACCCUUGGACAGAACCGAGAGGAUCCCUGAGCUAGCUAGUCUGAAACUUGCUUGGCUAAAGAUAGAUGGAGCGUUUCAUCGCUGAUCGCUGCAUAGCUGUUAUCGCGGAGGGAGAGCUAGCUAGCGUUUGCCCACCCCCAAGACAUACCGGUAGACAUGAUGGCUAAAUAGAAAUGGCCCCCUACCUCCCGACUGAAAGCAGUGUUGCUUGAGAUCCAAACUCAGGAAGGAUCAAGCAAAGUGGGAGAGGUUCUUCAUCAGUGGCAAGCAACAGGGGAAUGAAUCCCUGACCAUUUUAGAGACAAAAAGCUAGAAACUGCAGAUCAGGUGAUUGCUUCUCCAGCACUACUGCCAACUUUUGCUAGCUAGUAGUUUGCUGCUAGUAGAGGAACCUUACCAUCUACCAGGGACGUUGUUGUCUGGAGCUAUACCUAGUCUAAAUGUUCGUCGAAAGUUACACGAGAGAAGAAGGCCGGGACAAGUAAGUUGCCUGGGAGGAUUCGAGAUCUAUCAGAUACCCCUCAGCCUCUUGAGUGUUGCAGGAAAGAAUUGUUUCCAAGCCUUCCGGUUGGCAAUCGACCAACGACGCUACGCCCAAGGCCGCGGCUGGCAGAUAAAUGGCAUGCCCGACAACCAAGAGGGUAGAAUCUUCUUGUUGGCCAGCACCUGUUUUGAGCGUUUCCGAAAUGGCAUCAAUGGCUGCACUGGAAUAUUCUCCAAGAACCUUUCGUGAUACUGCUCUGUCAUUUUGGUCUUCGCUAUCAACAUAGUCGGACAACGGUGCAUAGCCAAUCUUUUGAAAGAGCACAGAUCCUUCUGGUUGCAUGGUACCAUCGUACAAAACUUGGGAGGUCUGAAUGUGACAUUUUUGAUUGGCAGACUCGAGAAAUAGCUCUGCCGUUUCAACCGUCCGCGGUGCUGGAGACACCAAUGCUUGCGAGUAAAAAGGCGCGAGUUGUCGUCCAAAGGAUGAUCCAGCUUCUUUCGCCUGAUUCUGGCCGAGAUCGGUCAAGAACCGAUCAAAGUCAAUGCCACCAUCGGGUUUUGGUCCCGUCUUUCCAUGCCGCAGAAAUGCCAAUUUGGAAACCUUGGCUUGGUCACACAGUGAUCUCAAGGAUGCCGACGACGAUGACGAGGUAGUAGGCAACCAAUCGAUGUGCGAAAAGGCCAAAUUCAGUAGAUAUCGAGUGCUUCGGACCAUGCUUGACAGGAACAGCGCGUUGAACCCACUUGGUUGACACUCCUGAUUGGAAUCUUGACGAUGGCACUAUCUAUCUCUGUUGAUGGGGUGCUUUGACGCGGAUCCAAACAUCAGCCACGUACUAGUACAUUGCAACGGGUCCAUCUUGCUUAUUAUCGGUAGCGGUAUAGGGCCUUUGGUAUCUUUCGAAGUUCAUUCCUCGGCUUCCGAAAUCAGGUUGGAUCUCCUGCUUUGCUGGCUUGGGACGGACCUUCCAGAGCAAUGAUGUUGUCACAGAAAAAACAGGAUCACCCCCUUUGUCCAAUUAUUAUCGGAAUGUCAGCUAGCUAGCUAGCUAGCUAGCUACUAUGCAUAGCUGGGAUGUCAGCCAAUGAAUUUUUAAAGUUGCUGGAUGAAAGUGGCAAGUGAGAUCUAGCUAGAAGCAGUCAAGGCACUCACUUCCAAGUUCACGUAGCUGGGCCCGUGGGUGAACUGGAAGCUGUCAGAGAUCGUAAAACCCCUCUCCUUGCUCCCUUAUGUUGCAAGGAUGACAAGAAUCUUCCCAUUGGCAAACUGCUUGAGAAUGGAGCUGACCCCAACGGCAAUACUUGUGCAUCCAAAUGCUAUCCAAUACAUCCAGCUGCCCGUGAUGAAGAGAUUGAAAUGGCAAAGUUAUUCUUGGCCGAAGGAAAGACUGAAGUCACAUCCCGUCAACGUGGUACGGUUGGUCGGCUUUAGAUUACUUGAAUGCCUGCACCAAUGGUGGCCAGCAAAUGGUCAAAUUUCAACUAGCGGAACGUGCCGAUGUGAACGAUGCUUAUGGACAAACUGGAAGAUCCUGCUUCGUGGAAGUCUUGUUCAGCUCCUUUAAUGACAGUUCGCGUGGUUGAAAUGCUUAGCCAAAGUGCUCAAAUUUGAAGUACGGUAGCUGCUGAUCUCUGCCAAACCAGACAUUAUUCAUCAAAGAACUCGGUCCCUAGUUUCUGAACAGCCGCCGUCAAGAGAAAGGACCCCACCAAACUCUUGAAUGCUAGUUGCACGGCUUCCACCAACGAUUUGGCCUGGUACGAAGCAUCGGCAUCGUUGCAGUCGGGCAACAUGGGGUACAAAAACGAGUAUCGCCACGGCGGUUCGGUUACUCCAAAAUGACCAUGACAAAGCCGCAAGGCAUUGGUCACUUGGAGUUCCGAGGCCUUGUUGACGCCCGUAAAGGCUUGUCCAAUAACGUGUACCCCAUGUGUUCCUUGCAAUUGUUUCAACUCUUGUUGUAGCUGGAAAAAGGAUGGAGUUGCCUUGGUCCAAGGAUAGAUUCUUGAAUCCGUCGACGGAAUGGAAUCCAGCCACUCUUCAUGCGGGUUGGCAUUCUUCGUACUAGUAUUAGUAUUGUGCGCUGAUACAGGGUAGGCCACGGACAACCAACCGCCACAAUCGUUUUCGCUGGCUGGUGGCAAGUCAUCUGCUGCCGAUUCUCCCGUAUCAGCAUCUCUCGUCAACUGAGAGAUGUCAAAGAUGCCUAGAAUUCCAGGUGGCGAGGAGGAAGAAUAGGGAACUGUUUCUAGUUCCUUGGGCGGUGGAUACCGAAACGGCAAGUGUUGCGCUUGAAUAAUGUGUACUCCCACUGCCCCUGUUGCUUGUGGCAUGGACAUGGCGUGCAAAGCUGCAUGAUGCCGAUCAAAAUCGGCAGGGUUCAACAUCUUGGCGGCAAUGGCUGGAUGAGUUGUGAGAACGACAUGAUCCACCUCCAAGAACUCGUUGUUGUUUGUCAUUUUGAUGGUCAGGGUGUCAUUGGGACCACCACGUUUUCUUUUGCCAAUGCACGUCACGGUGGCAUUGGUCUGCACACUACCAAUGCCGUUUGCCAAUCGCUCCAUCAGAGCAUUGUAGUCCGUGGUAAAAUACGAUGCCAACGGAGCAUUGGUGGUCAAGUUGUAAAAGCAUUGUUGUAGUUCUUGUACAUUGUUGUGAGCGCCAUGCUGCUGCUGCUCGAUCCGCAGUGCCAAAUCCUGUUGCAACCCGCUGUCAAUCUUUUGAGGCAAGGAUCCCUGAAAGGCAUCGCACAAGAGAAACUGGAAAAAGACUUGGGUAAUGAGCAAUGCCCGGGCCGUUCCCAGUGUGUAUCGCUUGGCAUCUUGUUGGGUCUUGUCAAAUUCAAAGGUUGCCAUGGCCCAGUACAAGAUAUUGAGAAACUGGUUCGAGUAGGAAGAUGACAAGAGGUAAUCUUCCAGGGAGACUUGUGGCGCUUGGUAGGACGCCAAGUAAAACCAAAAAGCUUCCCACCACAUGAGAGGAUUCAAAAUGUCAUGUUGCAAGCUGGGCUGUACCCUCUUUCCCAUCAUUGGCUGCUGGUUUCGUGGAUUGUUAUUGUUGGGAAUGGCAGUGCUCAACAUGCGAAAGAGCCCAGGCUGUUCGUUGGGACCGUUUCCCACGGGCCAUUCCGCCAGCCCAAAGUGUUGGAUCAUCAAUCGAAGAUUGACAAACAUGCCCAUGUGCGUGGCAUGGCCCACAUUGAGCAGCUUGUUGUUGUUGUUGUUGUUGUUGUUGUUGUUGUUGUUGUUGUUGUUGUUGUUGUUCUCGGGGUCGGAAAUAGUGCGAAUGUGACCUCCCAACUUGUCACUGGAUUCCAACAGAGUGACAUGGUAGCGACCCGAUUGCUGCAACACGUGACCCACGACAGUUCCACUGAUUCCACCUCCCACAAUGGCGACUCGCUCCUUCUUGUCAUUAUUGGCGGCAAAGAGGCGCACUGUGGAUAUUGGACCUGCUGUGGGACGCUGCACCAGACUAGAGAAGUGGAAAGACCGGGUAAAACUUUCCACAAACGAGAUUCUCGUCCCGCCGAAGAUCCAUAGAACUAGAGCAUUGAGGAAGAUGCAGCACGGAAAGAGCAUGGAUCAUGUAUGCAUCAACUACAAACUUGAGGCGCCCCAAAGUAUGGUACUAGCUAGCAUACCGGUAGCCUUGGACAGAAGAAGCAGUGUCGACAGAAGCCUCAUCAGCGAUGUUUUGGAUCCAAAGAUCCAUUUGCUUGAAACUUGAAUUCAAUUCGUUCGGUAAACUCGACGAUCGAAUUCGUUCGAUCCCCAAACCCGAGUCAUGAAUUCUCGCGGGAUUCGUACGUGUUGCUUUUCUGUUUCCUGCCUCUUUUGCCACCGUCGACCAUGGCCGACGAUGACGAUGCAGAUGGAACGCUCAUCAUGCAGUGGGAAGCACAAAAACAGCGGCAGCUUUUCCCAGAGAAACGAAUACAAUCAGCCUCCUCAACUACAGGUAGCCAAACAUGCGCCACUUUCUCGUGACUCUCCUGGCAUUGUUGGCCUCUUCGGUGCAUGUUGUAUCGUUCCAUUCAGCGUCAUUGCCAUCCAAAUCUGUGCAAGGACCACUGUUUUCUGCAGAUACAGAACAAGCUUCCACGAGCGAUGACACUACCACUACCACAAGUAGCUCCAACCAAAAGAUAUCCGUUCUUCUCUGUCCCGCUCAAUUCUGCGUCCCGGUAGACUAUGAGGAACUGUUUGACAACCUCCAAACCACUCGUCGCGCCAAUAUUGACAAGGGACUGCAAUUACCGGAAAUUGGAACCUGCCGUGUGGCCCCAUUGCCUCGCACAGAAUGGAUCAAAGUAGCACGGCAGCUGCCCACACGAAACUUUUUGGAAGCAACCUUGUCGGCCAAGACAACCUUGGGAUGGUACUUUGAUGCCAUUGAACAGGCACUGUCGGAAAUAUAUGCGAUUGAAGGAGCCGACACCAAAGUCUGCAUCAUUGCUCAUUCCAUUGGUGGAUGGGUAGCGCGGGGAUAUCUAGGAGGUCUUGCAGGAUCUUCGACUGCUGUGUUUCAACGUACUCUAGAGCAAUGCUCCUCCUUGAUCACCUUGGGGACUCCCCACUCGUCACCCGAAGAGGCACUGGUUGAUCAAACUAGAGGUCUCUUGCGAGAGAUUGAAAAUACCCCUUCCUGUUCGCCACAGGCUCUGGCAGAUCUAGGCAUUGAUGUGACCUGUGUGGGUAGUGCCGGUGUGGAUGGCAGCUUUUUGUCGGCCAAUCCAGAAGAACUGGUGGCAGCAUCCUCCUAUCUUCCACUCAUGGGAAAGCUUGGUGUCAAGGGAGACGGUAUCACGCCAUUGGACUUGGCUUUUUUGGAAGAACCAGCACGCAAAGUCGUCGUCGAGAACUGCAGCUUGACGGGAGAACCGGUAAGACACGCUCACGUCUUGCCAACUCCAUGGAACUUGUGGGAUGGUUCGGCCCCAUCGAUCAAGUUGCCAGAAGGCUACGUUAGUUACGUCUCGGAAGGUGUGCUCCCACAAUGGUCACAGUACAUUCGGUAG